CAAGCAAUCAGCUUCCAAUAAAAUCACACCAUCUCCUCCCAAUAACAUUUCAUUCCUGGCAACCAUGUCUUCCACCGUGUACACCAUUACCAUCCCGACCUUCAUCAAUGGUCUCCAGACGCUCUCCCACAUCCUCAAGAAGGGCGAGGAGUAUGCCACUGAGAAGGGCAUCGCUCUUGAUACCCUCCUCAACGCCCGUCUCUACGAGGACAUGAAGCCUCUCUCCUUUCAGAUCUUUGCCACCGUGCUCAACAUCCGCAAGACCAUCGCCCGCACCCAGCUAGUGGACCCCCCGGCUCCUCUGCCCGAGGCCAAAACGUACCAGGACCUCUACACCAGCAUCGACGCCGCCCUCGCCGAGAUCCAGCAGCUCACCCCGGCGGGCUUUGCCGACAAGGAGCAGACGGCGUUCAAGGCGCCCCUGGGCGACCACGAGAUCGAGUUCACUCCGGAGUCCUACGCCCUCAACUUCGGGCUGCCCAAUGUCUAUUUCCACAUCACGACGGCGUACGCCAUCCUGCGGGCUCAGGGUGUGCCCCUUGGCAAGUUGGAUUUCUUGAAGAAUUUCCUUUCCUGAAUGGUUGAGAUCGAUUGCGGGUGCUUGUUUAGUGGUUUCCGGGGUUGAUCCCCGCAGCAGAAAAGAGGUGUAUGUAU